CAAGGGUGUUUGAUUGGUCAUUUGAACGAUAAAUUGGUGUAAUACUGGUGCACGGCACGGCUUGUGUACGCCGCGGGAUGCUCUGCGACCCUGACGCUCCGUGUGUUCGGUUUCGUACCGUAAAUGAACACGAAUUAGAUUCAACAACGGCACAGUUUGUCCUACUUACAUCCAUGCAAAAGUUAGAUCAAGCGAAACGUUCAAGAGGUGGAAUCAGACUCAGACGUGGGCUGCUGAUUGCUGUAACCGCACUGAAAGCGAGACAAUUGCUGUGGGAACUAGAUAACCAUCCUUACGAAGACUGUAUAACUCCACCAGAAGACAUUUCGCUUAGUACAUUCUCAAAACCUGCAGUGACUGAAACCGAAGGCUGUCUACCCAGCGCACUGACUACCGGUCCGGUAGAAGAUGUACAGUGCAUCAGUCCUGUCUGGCCUAUUCAAGACCGGAUACAGACACCAAGUGCACUUAAUUCAUCAACAACAGAUACAGUCUUUGAUUCAGAGUCUUCGUCGUCCCCCUUCAGCACACUUCCGAAUUUGGAGUAUGUAUUUCCACCGAUAAGCCACUUGUAUUUUGCUUCUUCGGACGCAGACAUUACUGAAGCACAUGAUGGCGAAGAUUGCUUGGAGGUUGAAUGGAAGCGGGUGAAAGGAGCUGUGUUCUCAGUUUUCGGGGCCGUUUGUCCAAACCAUUCGACUCGAUUAAAUGAACACUGGAAAUCGUCGAAAUCAGCAGUUCUUAUUGCUGCUAGAAAGUCCACACCAGCAGCUCGCACACAAGUCCCGGAUGAUCAGGAGCUUGAAGAAUGA